CCCUCUCCAACGGGGCGCUUGCCGCUUCCAACGGACACUUGCCCAACACGCCCAUUUGAGCGCCGGCACUCCAGAUUAAGCAACGUCAUCACAUGAUGACAUCACCAGACUGCCUCCCGUCCCUUCCCUCCUUCCUCUCUCCCGGACUGCAAGUCUGCAAAAAGUCUGCAGCGGCCCGUUUGCUGCAGUGCCAUCACACACAUACACAAUCUCACACUCUAAUUUUAGCAGCUUGCCUGUCCAACACCGGCAUCCUGACCGAGAAGACAUUGCUUGGUGACUCAGCACAGAACUUUUGUCCGCACAAUCACAAAGGUAGCGAGAUGGCCCAGGACGAUCCGAAAGAAACGACGCCCCCGCCGGGGACGCUGAGCCCGGGCCAGCUGCAGUCCCACUUCAAGAUGGAGCCAAAGACUUUGGGGGCCAUCCAGCUGGUCAUCGCGGUGUUGAUCCUUUGCCUGAGCAUGUCCGUGCUGCGAGUGCACGAGAUCCACUUUACGGCCGACGUGGCGCUCUUCCUCGUCGUGGUCAUACAGGUCCUCUUGUCGGGGUCUGUGUUGAUCCACAGUGGGAGGAGGCCCACUCUGUUUUGGGUCAAAUGCGCCCUGGUUCUCCAUCUGAUCAGCGCCGCGUUCGCCACCGCCGCCCUGGGGCUGAUGUCCAAGCACCUCCCGUACAGGCAGGACUCAUACCACUGCGAACACUGUCGCCGCCUGGAGUACCACGCCGUGCUACAUUGUUUCAGGAAAUGCACCGAGCUGGUCGAGCAAAAGUGCAAAAUGCUCAUUGAUGGCAUCCUGGGGACGCUGGUGAUCUUCCUGGUUCUGGAGUUGCUGAUCUGCAUUACCGCCAUGCUCUUCGGUCUGACCGUGCUCGCCGCACGCAGGACUCAGGCUCCAAGUGAGCGACCUCGCUACCCACACACCCGCCCACCACCAUCGCCAGUUGUUCACGCUGUUCGGGCGACUCCCCCUGCGGCGACCGAGCCCUUUCCAUCCCAGGUAGCCGUGGUGGUGACCGAACCUGACGCCGAUCUGCUGGAAGACAUCGCUACCCCGCCCACCGAACCUCAAGUGGAGCCCAUUUAAACUCUGCGCUGUACAAUAAUGCAAACAAACGUGAUCGGAAAAUGAGCCAACAAAAAAUGUUGAUCGACACACAGCCACGAUAGAAGUCUUGAAAGAAAUAUAUCUGAAGUUCAGUUUGUGUGAUAUAAUUGAGUCACAUCACAAAUACCGUAUUUCUGCAACUAGUGACCUGGGGCUUUGAUUUACUUCACUGCAGAUGGGCAGUGGGCAUUAUGGUGCUAUUAUAAAUGUAUGUAUGUACUGUUUGCAUAUUAUUUUAUUUUUUUCAUUUAUUUAUUUCAUUGUAUUUAUUUACAACAAAAAUGUAUACUGUGCUGUAGAAAUGCCAUUUAUUGCAAGAUGGCGACUAAUUGCGGAAAUACAUUGUGUUUAUCCACAAGUAUGAAAACAAUGUUAGUGGCGUUUUUCCAUAAUCUAGCACAUAGUAGAUCAUUCAUCCACGGUAGCGCUGAAUUGUGAUAUAUAUUUGUGUCUUUUAUCACUUGUUAAUCUGCAUUCACACUGUAUAUUCUGUAAAAGUGUCAAAUAGAACCUUUCAAUCAUGAGCAGAUAGUGUAAUGAUUGUGUGUUGGUACUAUACUUAUGAUAGAUUGCAUUGUUCAAUAAAUGACACAGCAGGUCCAGGAAGAACUUUCUGGAACUUUUGGUGUAAAUACACUCAAGGUAGAGGGA